UUGCGUGUGAUUCUCAGAACCCAGAGUCCACAGCCACAUGAGACGAAGGCUCGGACUAACUUUCUCAGCCGCAAACCCAAACCCAAACUCACAGAGAGUGGUGUUCCAAUGAUGACGAUGAUGAUGAAGAUAAACAUACACUCUGCGAUUUCAGCUUCCACCAACUGGAAUUGCUCUUUGAUUCGACCACACCGUAACAACACCCUUAGACCGUUCAAUUUUGCUCCCUCUUCUUCACUCUCUACGAAUACUAUUUCAAGUAACCGCAUAACUUGCUCCUCCAAUUCCCAUUCCAUCAAGACCUAUCGCUUGUCGCAGCUCACAAACGAUGAGGUUCUCGGACUCAAGACCCGGCCCCGCAUCGAUUUCUCCUCCAUUUUCAGCGUGGUUAACCCCAUUGUUCAUGAUGUUCAGAGAAGAGGGGAUGCUGCAGUUAAAGAAUAUACUUCAAGGUUUGACAAAGUUGAAUUGGAUAAAUUGGUUGAAGUUGUGCCCGAGCUCCCAGACCCUGUGCUUGAUCCUCAUAUUAAGGAAGCUUUUGAUGUUGCCUAUGGCAAUAUAUAUGCGUUUCAUGCUGCUCAGAAGUCACCUGAGAGAAGCGUUGAGAACAUGAAAGGAGUCCAAUGCAAGAGAGUUGCGAGAAGUAUUAAUUCCGUGGGUCUUUAUGUUCCAGGGGGAACCGCUGUGUUACCUUCAACAGCUUUGAUGCUUGCAGUUCCUGCACAAAUUGCCGGAUGUAAAACUAUUGUUCUUGCAACACCUCCAACUCAAGAUGGCAACAUAUGCAAGGAAGUGCUGUAUUGUGCAAAGAAGGCCGGGGUGACUCACAUUCUCAAAGCUGGAGGUGCUCAGGCCAUCUCUGCAAUGGCUUGGGGAACAGAAACUUGUCCUAAGGUUGAAAAGAUCUUUGGCCCUGGAAACCAAUAUGUCACAGCUGCAAAAAUGAUACUUCAAAACAGUGAGGCCAUGGUUUCAAUUGACAUGCCAGCUGGUCCAUCUGAAGUUUUGGUCAUUGCAGAUAAGCAUGCAAUUCCUUCUCAUGUUGCUGCUGAUUUGCUUUCUCAGGCUGAGCAUGGACCUGAUAGUCAGGUUGUUCUUGUGACAGCUGGAGAUGGUGUGGAUCUGAACUCGAUACAAGAGGAACUCAGCAAGCAGUGCAACAGUCUUCCAAGAGGAGAGUUUGCCUCGAAAGCUCUUAGCCACAGUUUUAUCGUGCAUGCACGUGACAUGCUUGAGGCUAUCACCUUCUCAAACUUAUAUGCACCAGAGCAUCUAAUUAUCAAUGUGAAGGAUGCUGACAAGUGGGAGAGUUUUAUUGAGAAUGCAGGUUCUGUGUUUUUGGGGCCGUGGACGCCUGAGAGUGUUGGUGAUUAUGCAAGCGGGACAAACCAUGUCCUUCCGACUUAUGGAUAUGCCCGGAUGUAUGGUGGCGUGUCAUUGGACUCUUUCCUUAAAUACAUAACAGUGCAGUCUCUCACAGAGGAAGGUCUUAGAAGACUUGGACCAUAUGUGGCAACCAUGGCUGAAGUUGAAGGUCUUGAAGCUCACAAGAGGGCCGUUACCCUAAGACUUCAGGACAUAGAGGCCAGGAACGUUUCAAGAUGAGAUAUGAUUCAUCUAUUCUUAAUUUGUUCCAUUUUCGGAGCCAUUUACUUGAUGAGAUUUACCUAUACUUGUGCAUCAUUAAGACAUUAAUAGCUAACAGUUGCAAUCUCAAGUUUAUAGAACCCCUGAAGUUUUGUUAUAAUAGGAAUUUUCUAUGGCCCUGUUCUUAAUUUUAUUGAAAUUGUUUCUAAC